GUGAGUGUUUCUGUUUUUUAUCAUUUAGAUUUGUAUCCAGUUUGCUAUAUCGGCUAGGCCGUUUCAUACUAUGUUUGAUGAGUUGAAAGAGGUAUAUGAUCAGCUGACGAGGAAAACGACAUAGACGAUCAGAACCAACCUGACGGUGAUAGACAGUCUGAACCAAAUUUUCCAACCGAUCAAACAAUGACUUCACAAAAGAAACAUAGAUGUAAUAAGUCGUUCUUUAUUGCACUGUCUUUAGUCCUAGUUAUUCUCGGUGUAUACACUAUCCACUACAGACCAAACAGUGCAAAGAGUGCGGCUGAAAAGCAGCAUGCUGACUGGUUAAAUCAUAUGACGAGAGAAAGAGAUCUCCAAAACGAUACUGUAGGUUACAGACAUUAUGAAAGACAUGAAGUGACACAAUCAGGCACACAGACAGGACAAGGUCAAGCCCCGAUCAGUAUGGUUAUGCCUUCUAAUAUUGAUGAGGAUCUGCACAGAGCACGAACUCCCGGUGUGCAACUUCAAUAUAUACCUGAAAAUGCUAGUUCUACAAAUAAAUUAAUUGAAAUGAAGUUGGAUCAAACCCAGUUCAAUAGAGAAGAUGAUGAGAAAGAUGAUUACAAACAAGACAACGGUGGUGAUGUGGAUGAUUAUGGUAGCAACAAUAAGGUCGAUAAAGGUGAAAACAAAGUAACAAGUAUUGGGCAGUAUGACAGGAACACAAUGACCACUGCCACAGUACUUGGAUUACAAUCAUCAAAUGUACAAAAUGCACCUGAAUUACAAUCAAAUGAACAAACUAAACCCUCUGUAGCGCCUGGAUAUCAAACAAUUGUACAAACCGCACCUGAUACAGCACCCGGAUAUCAAUCUAAUUUACAAAAUGAACCUGCUAAAGCACCUGGAUUUCAAUUCAGUUUACAAAAUGAAUCUACUACAGCACCUGCAUUGCAGUCAAAUGUACAAAAUGAAUCUGCCAUAGCCCCUGGAUUACAAUCUAAUGUACAAAAUGGACUACAGCUAAAACCUGAAUCAGUUAGCAACUAUACAAAGACAAAUACUAUUCAAAUGCAACUUGGACCAGGCGACUAUGUUAAGCCAGGUGUUUCCGAGUACAAAAAUCCCGCAACAAGAUCUGGAUAUAUGGUAGACAGUAAUGUUCCCUCAUACAAUGUUGGACUGAAUAACAAGCCUGUACUAAGUCAACAGAAUCCUGAAAUGAAUAAAGGUGUUGCAUAUGGUAGUGUUCUCUCAGAUACAAAUGUACAGCUUCCAAAUAUUAACGCUCAAAAUGGUAUAAUUGGAGACAGAUAUAGACUUUCACAAACUUACCAGAACAAAUAUGAUACAUUAGAAAAGAAUGUUGCGCAACCAUUAUUAGACAAUGGCGUAAACAGAGCACUUCAAGAGCAGAGAGGUACCACUGCAACUCCAUACACAUUGUCUCAAUUGCUUGAAAGGCGAAUGAGUCUGCAUAAAGUUCUUAAGGACAUGCAGGAUAUUGUUGAUUAUGGAAGACCUGCAACUGAUGAAGAGAAUAAGAAACCCUGGAACGUUGAUGAAAAUAGGAAUCAUUUCUACGACGUCAAUGAUAAGAAAGACUUGUUUGCAAAUUUAGAAAUGCAGAUAAAUAUCGAAGCAGAGCCAGUUACUGGAACUAAACCCAUGAGACCACCGUUCAAAUCCAGAAUAGAAUAUCCUGAUUAUUUAACACCUAUAAACUGGGCGACAAGUUUCGAAAAUGUUAAGACCCCGAUAUUUGAAUGUGUGCCUAUGAAAACAAUAAAAUCGUAUAUCAGAAUAUGUAUUCACCCACCAGCAGUACAGUCUGAAGUGUCAAGUAGACUGAAAUCGGCAGCUUCCUGGGAAUAUAAUGCCUUGAUGGACGUACAGAAAGCGCUUUUAGAACAUAGAGACUCUAUACUAAUUGAUAUUGGUGCGUCGUUUGGUGUUUUCAGUUUAGCUGCAGCUGCUUUAAAUCGCAAUGUCAUUGCUGUGGAACCUUUCCCGUCGCAUAUACAGGUAUUUAAGCAAUCAGUGUCUUUAAACACAUUCCGGGAGCAUAUCACUCUCUUCCAGGCUGUCGUUUCGGACCGACGUGGGAAGGUUCUUAUAAAACCUUUAGGAGAUCACGUGAACAAUGUUUACAUACAGACUGUUGAAGAUAAUGAACAAGCAACGAAUUAUACGUUAGUGGUAAACAGUGUCACUUUAGAUGAUAUUGAAAAGGUAUGUCCAUCUAGAAUUGCUGUUCUCAAAAUUGACGUGCCUGGUUUCAUGAAGAAAGCUCUAGAAUAUUCGCAUUUUUUCUUCAAGUAUAUCCAUGUAACCCACGUGUUUAUGCACUGGGAUACUCAAGAUAAAGAACUUUGUCUGUUUAUUGUGAGGUAUUUCGUCGAAAGAGGUUACCUACCGUAUGGUGACCUCAACGGUAACAAUCAUUUAGAACUUAAAGAUGCAUAUACCUGGACAAACGAUAUUGUGAUUUGGAAACUUUGAAUUUAUUAGCUCCUGUUGAAAGAGUACUGUUUAAAAUGACAUUGAUUAUCAAAUGCAAGUGGGUUCUAUAUAACCAGGUUUUAGUUACAUAGUUGUUUUGUAAAGAAGUGUGCACACAUUCCGUAAGUUGCGUCACAGCAAUAACAGUAAACGCUAAAUAUAAUCUGGAUAGAGAGGAGAACAUUGCGAAUGUACACGUUACAAAACUCAACAUGUCUUUUAAUUAUAUCAUGAACACUACAUUUACGAAAUUUGCCACAAAUUCAACAAAAUUGAAUAAUUCAACGAUACUACUUCAUGGGUCUAAUCAUUUUAUAAAUUCACAUUACCAAAUAUCAUUGAAGAUGCUAUAAAGUUAUAGAUAUUGAAUUUUCAUUGACAUAUGAUCAAACAUCAAUCAAAUUUAAUACUAGUAUUGUUAAUAAGAGAAAUCAGUUUGUUUGUUUGUUUUUGACAAGAUUUUCAUAUCUCAUAACGAAACAGUUACUGGCUCAUUUGUAAAUGCUAAAGAUUUAUGAUUUUGAAAUUGACUUGAUGUCGUAAAUUUAUAACAUUAUUCGAUUUUGUUGACAUAUUUUCACGUUAUUAACACCAUGGUUAUCUAGAGGGGAAGGCUUCAUCUCUUUUGUAAAAUAUAUGUGUAUAAAUUGUAACCAGGGGAUGUUAGAGGUGUUGCACAUUUCACAUGAACAGACUCAGUCGGGCGCUCGUUUGCGUUAUACACAAUGUUACGGAUUAAUGAUACAAAACUCUGAAAUGCCAGAUUUAUUGUAAUCCGUAAAGUCCGCGUUGUGUGGAUGUGUCAUCUAUAUAUAAUAUAAACUGUUCCACUUAAUAUGAUUGCAAAAAAAUAAUAGUUUGUGUUUCAAGAAAAACAUGGAACAGCAGAAAAUAUGACCGUAGUAGUUUUUACCUAAUGAAAAGGACACAAAUAUUUGACUUAUCAUCUAAAUUAAUCUCGUUGAAUCAAGAAUAAUAAAAUAAAAUAGUUGUUUUACAGUGAAAUGCAUAUAAAUUUACCUUAGACAAAGGUCAAGCCUGACCGCGACAAACGAUAUUUUCAAAUAAACUUUAUUUUAUGAAUUUGUAUUUUAGAUUGCAAUUUUCCAUACUCUUUUGCAAAAUAUUACCGGGGUUUGUCCUUAUUUUGGUAUGAAGACAUGUACAUACAUUCUUAAGAGCUUGCUUAUAUUGAUGUUUUUGUUCAAAGUAACAGCUUUUUAAGUGCUACAGCUGGUUGAUAUCCAUGUAUAAUUGAAACAUACUUCGUUUCUUUAUGCUUUUUAUAAAAAGGAAAUAUGUGGCAAAUAAAAUUGCUCUCGGCUGAUAUUGAUGUAGAGCUAGUGGGCUGGUCGCAAAUACCUUUGCAAUGACCCCAUGAAUUAUUUGUUUAAGUGCAAAAGAGGCGAUUCACAUCUACUGAUGAAAUUACAGUCUUGCUUUAAUUUUUGACGUAACAAGUAGACAUUUUUGGACUAACACGUACCUCUUUUUUCAUUUCCAUAAUUUAUUUAUUUAUUUAUUCCAUUGUCAGUUUUAUUUCCAACAUAUCAUACAUUUAACUAUUUAGACAAUGCAAUGAACAUUAUUUGUUUGUAUUGAUUAAGUGUUACAAAGGGGAGGGAUCUAUUUAUUAUUUGCAUUAUCUAUGGCCAGCUGUGAUACUGCAUGUAGCUUCAUUUAAUUUAUUUAUUAGGUAGUACCUAAAUUUUAAAUCAAGACAAGCAGUUAUCAAACUAAUGUCGAAUGUUAAUAUAUAGCAUUUAAGACUGUUUAAACUACUGAAGUCUUGAUUUGAUUAUUUUAAACAUGUUGUUUAAACUAUUCUGAAUCUUCUUAUUUACAUUCCAUGUAUUUUGCCUCCUAUCAAGCCAUUUAUACUCGCACGUGUAUAAACCCCUAUUAUAAUUGGAUUGUUGUGGAAAGAACUUAUCUAUCUACUAAAUUAAGAAAUGAUGUCAUAUACAUGUACCAUAUCACACGUCUUAUAUAAAAGCAAGAAAACUCUGCAAUAUUUACCUUGAAAAUUGUCAUUUUAACGAAAGACAUUGCUUUAGGGUAUAGCGGAUAGCUAUCUAAUUUCUCCUGCAUUCCAUCUCAAACAAAUGAAAUUUAGUAGUUUGUUUCUGUAUAUGAGACAGAAAACAGCUAUUCUUUUCAAAACAUUCAGUUUUUAAUUGAAAUUCAUGUUUUUCCUCUCCAUGCCAUUGUUUACAUAUGCACUGAUUUAGGGUGUACAGGAUAGCUUUGGUCAUUUUUUCCAUUAUUAGUUUAAAAUCCACAUCUAAACAAACUUCCCAAGAUUCUUUUACUAUAAAUAAAAAUAAUAAUGUAAUCUUUUCAAAACCAUUCAGCUUUUUAAAUUUCUGUCAAACACUUUUCAUUCGCUGAUGUUUUUUACAUACACACUGAUUUAGUCAGUACAGGAUAGCCUCGAUUUUCAUUUGUUGACAUAUGAAAAAUAACACAAUAAGCAAACAUUUAAAAUGUAUGUCAGAAUGUCUAUCUACAUGCCAGUAAAAGAAUCAUAUGAAAAUUUAUACAAUAAUUCAAGUCUAAAUACAAAAUUUAUCAACUUAUCCUCUAUACCCUAAAAUCCGCUAUACCUUAAAGCACUGUAACUUAUCACCAAAUUUUAUUGUUCCUUUUAACUGGUGUCAUACAGAUGCAUAGAUAAAUACAAGACGUGUCACUGAUUGAUCACUAGUAAUAUAUUUAAUAUAUGUAUUGAAUUCAUAUAACUUUUCUAACAUGUAAAAAAUUAGAUAAAUAAUUUUACAAUAUACAAUGCAAAAAGAAUACAUUUCCUUGACAUUAAAUACGGUUAAAGUUAAGUAACAAGUAGAAUUUUGAGUUUGCUAUCAAAUGAAUGUUUAAUAAAAAAGAAGUGAAAAAUU